AUGCAUUUCAAAACGAGUCUUCAGGCAGCUUGGCACCAGUGCGAAGAACCUGACCGCGAAAUCCCACAGCAUGCUGAACCUGGUAGGCUUCGGGAUAUCUCUUUACGCUUGCCAACUACUAAUGUCAUGGCCAUUCCUUCCCCUUCUUCUGUCUUUCCUUGCUUAAUUGUUGGAAACUUACCCAAAUUGGUACCUCAAUAUUACAAACUUCAAGAAUACACAACCUACAAUGUUCACACCUAUUCGUAUUUGUCUCCCAACCCAUCAGACUAUCAUGUCAGAAAGAAGACCAAUUCUUACUCCCUCUCCUUUUAUUCUUUCCUUUUUCCCUUUUUUACUUCUUUUCUUUGCCUUUCAAAUUUCCUUCUGUUCAUAUCUAUCUAUCUAUCUAUCUAUCUAUCUAUCUAUCUAUCUAUCUAUCUAUCUCAGUCUGUUCAUAUCUAUUUAUCUCAUUCUGUUUCUAUCUAUCUAUCUAUUUAUCUAUCUAUCUCAGUCUGUUCAUAUCUAUCUAUCUAUCUAUCUAUCUAUCUAUCUCAGUUUGUUCAUAUCUAUUUAUCUCAGUCUGUUUCUAUCUAUCUAUUUGUCUCAGCCUGUUCAUAUCUAUCUCAGUCUGUUCAUUAUCUAUCUAUCUAUCUAUCUAUCUAUCUAUCUAUCUAUCUAUCUAUCUAUCUAUCUAUCCUCAGUCUGUUCAUAUCUAUUUGUCUCAGUCUGUUCAUAUCUAUCUCAGUCUGUAUAUUAUCUAUCUAUCUAUCUAUCUAUCUAUCUAUCUAUCUAUCUAUCUAUCUCAGUCUGUUCAUAUCUAUCUCAGUCUGUUCGUAUCUAUCUAUCUAUCUAUCUAUCUAUCUAUCUAUCUAUCUAUCUAUCUAUCUCAGUCUGUUCAUAUCUAUUUAUCUCAGUCUGUUUCUAUCUAUCUAUUUGUCUCAGUCUGUUCAUAUCUAUCUCAGUCUGUUCAUUAUCUAUCUAUCUAUCUAUCUAUCUAUCUAUCUAUCUAUCUAUCUAUCUAUCUAUCUCAGUCUGUUCAUAUCUAUUUGUCUCAGUCUGUUCAUAUCUAUCUCAGUCUGUAUAUUAUCUAUCUAUCUAUCUAUCUAUCUAUCUAUCUAUCUAUCUAUCUAUCUAUCUCAGUCUGUUCAUAUCUAUCUCAGUCUGUUCGUAUCUAUCUAUCUAUCUAUCUAUCUAUCUAUCUAUCUAUCUAUCUAUCUAUCUAUCUAUCUCAGUCUGUUCAUAUCUAUUUAUCUCAGUCUGUUUCUAUCUAUCUAUUUGUCUCAGUCUGUUCAUAUCUAUCUCAGUCUGUUCAUUAUCUAUCUAUCUAUCUAUCUAUCUAUCUAUCUAUCUAUCUAUCUAUCUAUCUAUUUCUUUCUUUUUUUUUUUCUUUCUUUGAUCUGCUCUGUUCCACUUCAUCUCAUCACUUUUCUCAUCGGAUACUAUACAUCCUACAAACACAUCUAUCUAUCUAUCUAUCUAUCUAUCUAUCUAUCUAUCUAUCUAUCUAUCUAUCUAUCUCAGUUUACAUCUAUCUAUCUAUCUAUCUAUCUAUCUAUCUAUCUAUCUAUCUAUCUCAGUUUACAAGUAUCUAUCUAUCUAUCUAUCUAUCUAUCUAUCUUAGUUUACAAGUAUCUAUCUAUCUAUCUCAGUUUACAAGUAUCUAUCUAUCUAUCUAUCUAUCUAUCUAUCUCAGUUUACAUCUAUCUAUCUAUCUAUCUAUCUCAGUUUACAAGUAUCUAUCUAUCUAUCUAUCUAAGUUUACAAGUAUCUAUCUAUCUAUCUAUCUAUCUAUCUAUCUAUCUAUCUAUCUCAGUUUACGUGCAUCUAUCUCUCUAUCUAUCUAUCUUAGUUUACGUGCAUCUAUCUAGUUAUCUAUCUCAGUCUACGUGCAUCUAUCUAUUAUCUAUCUCCAUCUAUCUCUAUUCAUCUAUCUAUCUAUCUCUCAGUUUACGUGCAUCUAUCUCUCUAUCUAUCUAUCUUAUCUACGUGCAUCUAUCUAUCUAUCUAUCUAUCUAUCUAUCUAUCUAUCUAUCUAUCUAUCUAUCUAUCUAUGAAAAUCAUUGCAAUUCAUUGAUAAUUGACUCUGUUCUGCCUCUCGCUUUUCUCUGCUUUUUGUUUUGCUUUCUUUUCAUCCAUCUUUUCUUAGGCACGUAUUUGAGUUCUUUUCCGCCGUCUUUCGUUUGCCUUUCUUAUCCAUUUUCUUCUAUGCUUUUCUGUUGUCUUUACCGUCAACGACUUAACCUUCAUUAUCUUCUCUGUCUUCUUUGCCUUCUUUGUUUCGUUCUUUAUCGUCUUUACUUUCUUUUUCUACUGCUUUAUCUUCUUCUUUAUCUUCUUAACCGUCUACUUUAUCUUCCUCUUUCUCAUCUCCAUUACUUUUUAUUUCUGUGCUUUCCCUUUCUCCUAAGAAAAUUAGUUUCUCUUUUUUCUCCUUUUUUAUUAUUGUUUCUUUUUUUUUUUUACAGGUUUGUCUUCACCUCCUCCACCACCAAUACCACCUUCUUCUUCCUCUUCUUUCUUAUUCUAACUCUCCUUCUACCUCUUCUUCUUCUUCUCUUUAUUCUUCACCUUCUUCUUCUUCACCUUCUUUUUCCUCUGCUUCUUCUUCUUCUUCUUCGUUUACUUUCUUAUUCUAACUCUCCUUCUACCUAUUCUUCUCUUUGUUCUUCACUUUCUUCUUCUUCACCUUCUUUUUCUUCUUCUUCUUCUCUUUGUUCUUCACCUUCUUUCUUUCUUUCUUUCUUUCUUUCUUUCUUUCUUUCUUCUUCUUCUAAUUCUCCUUCUACCUCUUCUUCUCUUUGUUCUUCACCUUCUUCUUCUUCUUCAAAGUGUCUUUAUAUUCACCGUUUUCCAUUUUUCUUUUUAUUCUCUUUCUUCUGA